CCUGAGGAUGAGGUGAUUGUUGAUUUGGGAAGCACCAGCAACGCUAUUAACAUUCAUUAUGAACCAGAGGAGUUGGAAGGGCACAGGACAUUAUAUGUUGGGGUGCGGAUGCCUUUGGUUAAACAAGGCCACAGACAACACAGAACCAAACACAGGAAACGAGCUCGGAUAAAGGAAAGUAUAUUGGAGGAGCAUGAAACUUACGAUUCCCCAUCUCAGCGAGUUCAUUUUAUCCUUGGUAUGGAAGAGGACGAGGAGCAUGUCCCCCAUGUCCUAUUCACAGAAAUGGAUGAAAUCUGUGUGAAAGAAGGUGAAGAAUCAGAGUGGAACGAAACAGCAAGAUGGCUGAAAUUUGAGGAAGAUGUGGAAGACGGAGGAGAACGAUGGAGUAAGCCGUACGUGGCUACUCUCUCACUGCACAGUCUCUUUGAACUGAGGAGCUGCAUCAUCAAUGGGAGUAUCCUUCUGGAUAAACCUGCAAACUGCACUGAAGAUGUUGCAGAAAUGAUCCUGGAUAGCAUAUUUUCAUCCUAUGAUGAAUCUACACGUAAAAAAUUCUGGGACACCCUCUUGAAAAAACACCAUCAUCUGCAUGAAAAGAAGAGAAACAUCCUUCCAAUGGUCGGUUCUUUUGGACAAAGUGGCCAGAGAAAGUCUGAUUCUCACUCAAUUGAUAAGACAGGAGUAAUUUCACUGACUCCUCCUCCUUCUAACACACUAGAAGUUAGAAAUGGAUUGACUCAUGAUACUACCCCAACAGAUAUGUGCAAAGCAGACCUUCAUUUUAUGAAGAAGAUUCCUGUUGGAGCUGAAGCUGCAAAUGUUUUAAUUGGAGAAGCAGAUUUCCUGAAACAACCUAUUAUUGCCUUCUUACGCUUAUCACCAGCUGUUCUUCUUCCAGGCAUGACUGAAGUUCCACUCCCUACCAGGUUCUUGUUUGUCUUGCUGGGUCCAGUAGGGAAAGGACAGCAAUAUCAUGAGAUUGGAAGGUCAAUGGCUACCCUCAUGACUGAUGAGGUUUUCCACGAUGUUGCUUAUAAAGCCAAGGAUCGAAAUGAUCUUUUAGCUGGCAUUGAUGAGUUUCUAGAUCAGGCGACUGUGCUGCCACCUGGCGAAUGGGACCCAUCAAUCAGAAUUGAGCCACCUAAAAGUGUUCCUUCUCAGUAUAAGAGGAAGAUGCGAGGAACGCCAAACUUCUCUAAUGGAAAGAUUUGUGAUGAUGAGAUGGAGGAUCACGAGGGGCCAGAGCUCAAGAGAACAGGAAAGCUCUUUGGUGGCUUGAUCUUGGAUAUAAAACGGAAAGCUCCUUGGUACUGGAGCGACUAUAAAGAUGCUUUGAAUUUGCAGUGUUUAGCUUCCUUUCUCUUCCUGUAUUGUGCCAGUAUGUCUCCUGCGAUCACCUUUGGGGGCCUGCUUGGAGAAGCAACAGAGGGAGAAAUAAGUGCUAUAGAAUCCUUGCUUGGAGCUUCGCUCACUGGAGUGGUCUACUCUCUCUUUGCUGGCCAGCCUCUCACCAUCUUGGGAAGUACCGGACCAGUACUGGUUUUCGAGAAAAUUUUAUUCAAGUUCUGCAAAGACUAUAAGCUUUCUUAUCUUGCUCUGCGAACCUGCAUUGGCCUGUGGACAACAUUCAUGUGCCUUGUGCUUGUGGCCACCGACGCUAGCUCUAUGGUCUGCUACAUCACUCGGUUUACAGAAGAAGCUUUUGCCUCUCUGAUCUGCCUCAUUUUCAUUUUUGAGGCCAUAGAGAAGCUGUUUAAGUUGGGAAGGACUUAUCCAUUUUACAUGGAUAGCAAUCUGGACCACCUGACCUUCUAUUACUGCAGAUGUGCAGCUCCUACCAAACCCAAUAAUGAAACCCUGGCGUAUUGGAGCACCAACAAUAUCGACCCUUCCAAAGUUGUCUGGGCUAAUAUGACUGUCUCUCAAUGUCAGGAGAUGCAUGGAGAAUUCAUAGGAUCUACAUGUGGAGCCGAAGGACCUCUUACCCCCGAUGUUCUUCUGUGGUGCUUCAUCUUGUUCUUUACUACCUAUAUUUUGUCAAGCACACUGAAGAGAUUUAGGAGCAGUAGCUAUUUCCCCUCAAAAAUACGCUAUGUGAUAGGUGAUUUCGCUAUUUUUAUAACCAUUGUCACUAUGGUCCUAAUUGACUACUUCAUUGGAAUCCCAUCACCAAAACUGAAUGUUCCAGGUGUCUUUAAGCCAACAAAUGAUGACCGUGGAUGGCUCAUUAGCCCAAUAGGCCCCAAUCCUUCCUGGACUGUGGCAGCAUCUAUCAUCCCAGCAUUACUCUGUACUAUACUUAUAUUUAUGGACCAACAAAUCACAGCAGUUAUUGUGAACAGGAAAGAACAUAAACUUAAGAAAGGAGGUGGCUACCAUCUGGACCUUUUCGUGGUGGGCCUCAUGCUUGGUGUGUGUUCAGUGAUGGGGUUGCCUUGGUAUGUUGCUGCCACCGUCAUUUCCAUCAGUCACGUGAACAGUCUUAGACUUGAAUCUACUCUAGCAGCUCCUGGGGAGCAACCUAAAUUCCUGGGCAUAAUUGAACAAAGAGCAACUGGAGUGAUGAUCUUUAUACUAAUGGGCCUCUCAGUCUUCAUCACUAGUAUGUUAAAGUUUAUACCUAUGCCUGUUCUCUAUGGAGUGUUUUUAUACAUGGGUGUUUCUUCUCUGAACGAAAUACAGUUUUUUGAUCGCCUGAAGUUAAUGGGAAUGCCCUCCAAACAUCAGCCUGAUUUCAUUUACCUGCGACAUGUUCCUCUAAGGAAAGUGUAUCUCUUCACGAUGAUCCAGCUGAGCUGCCUGAUCAUUCUGUGGGUUGUCAAGAUGUCUCCUGCAGCCAUUAUCUUUCCCAUGAUGGUUUUAGCAUUGGUCUUUGUUCGGAAGAUUAUGGAUUUAUGCUUUUCAAAGCGGGAACUCAGCUGGCUUGAUGAUCCCAUGCCAGAAAGCAAGAAAAAAAAAUUAGAUGAUGCUAUCCAAAUGGCAAAAGAAAAUGAUGAAUCUCAGAAGAUGAUGGAAGAUGGCACGACGGCUGUAAUUGAAAUGUCUCCAAUGAGUUCAAAUUAUUUGGCAGCUCCAGGACACUCAAAAAAUAUACCAAAAAUUGAAAUUAGGCCUGAUCCUGCAGAUAUUAAUAUCUCAGAAGAAAUGCCUAAAACGACUGUGUGGAAGACUCUCACCAUGAACUCUGGGAGCACCAAGAGCCCCACAAUCUUCAAGGAAGAUUAUAUAAAGGGGAUAGUUUUAAAAAAUGGCAUGCUAAAAAUAAUUAUCUAUGCCUCUCCAACUACUGUAGCUUUCCUACAUCUAUUACUGUGA